AUGCUCUUUGCCUCCCCUCCUCUGCUGUGUGGUGUACAACAGGCCGCGUGGCACCUCCGGCAGAUGUCGGAGCAGCUCGAGGUUGAGGUCUCCUACGCCAAGCCGGCCAAGGAGCAUAAGAUCAACAAUGCCCUGCCUGCCAUGGCGUCGGCAACCUCCCCACUACCCCCAAGUGCCCCCACCACGACCACGCAGAAGACGACCACCGGCCACACGGCCGGCAGCAAGACCAGCAGCGCAUGCCAGCUGCUGCAGGCCGCCUGGGUGGCCGUCAAGGGGGUGUGGGAAGGGGUGAGCAAGAUGGUGGCCGGCUGCAGCUGCACCAACAUGACCAACGUGGCAUAGACAGCCGGCCGGGGAGGGUCGGGAGGGCGCAGUGAGAGGUGCUUCCCGUACCCCAAGGACGCCUUCACCGCCUUGUCAGCCAACACGGACACCUCACUGAUACACCACACACACACCUGCCAUGUAUGUGUCUCUGUCUGCCUUGUCACCCAGUGUCAAGCAGGUUGCGUUUAAGCGUUCGUUGUCGUCGGAGGGCCGCCACGAGUCGCCCCAGCAGCACUACGAGCGGAGCGUCCCGGCGGUGGAGGGCCGCUUCGCAGCAGUCGUCCUCCGCUGCUGCUGCUGCUCCCGUCGGACAGGUGAGACACAAAGCCGAACAAAAGAGACAGACAGUACUGACGACCCAUGUCCUUGUAGAUUGGUUGCCGAGCAUUCGGGGUGGUCGCUGAUGAGUAUGAUCACCUCUGCCAUCAGCAGCUCGCUCCAGUGCUUGACUUGCCCCUUUGGGUGUUGCGAGCGGCCGGUUGUUGCUUUAAGGGCGUCCCGGCGGUGGAAGGCCGCUUUAUCAGCGAGGCGGCCUCAGCCGCGAGCGCUUCGACUCGAUGUAAGUGGGCGGCAGCCAGUGUGCGCGCGCUCACUUGUACACACACGACACACCCCCACACAUCCAUGUAUGUCUUUCUUUGCGUGUGUGUCUCUCCUGUUUGUCGUGUAGGGUGUUGUUGGGGGCGUAUGCUCUCUGGGAGGCCGAGAAGACCGCAGGCCGCCCCGAGCAGUCAUCGAGGCCGUCGAGAGGGAGGCACAAGCGCAGAGGUCACUCCCGGCACCUUCCGCACUGGUGGGCGGGGUGGAUGGGCCGUAGACCAGUAGACAGAUAGAUAGCUGAAUAUAUAUAGCUGGUUGCAACGUUGGGUGGCUGUAGCUGGCUGCAGAAAGGGAUAAAUCGCAGCCAGUCGAGUGUGUGUGGUGGUGAGUGUGGUCGGUCAGAUGAGCAUCGCCGCCUGCAUUUUAUAUACGUUGGUUGAUGGACGAUUUCACAUGCUCCUUCUGAAUG